UGGGCGUGGUGUACAUUCUGGUCUGUGACACACCUUCUCUGUCGUAGUUGCACUGUUGAUUAUUUUGUUGUGUUUUGAGUUGUUGUUCUGCUCUGUUCGAGAUCAUGGAUGCUGAGGCUUUACUCUCUAGCUGUUAUUUGAAAGUAAUUGGUUGUGUAUUGGCAGUGAUCGUACUCGUAGGCAUAGCCAUAGGCGUACUAUGGCGAAUUAGAAAGUCAAGACAAGAAAAAAAGCGUAAAGAUUACCCAAAGGACACUGUUGUGCUUCACCAGAUAGGAAGAGCAAAAUAUGCUCCUAGUUUGUCACCAUUUCCAUUAAAGCUAGAGACCUACCUGCGUAUGGCGGGAAUUCCCUACAUUAAUGAGCAUUCGAUGGAAAUGUCGUCAAAGGGCAAGACACCGUGGAUGACUUAUAAUGGGCUAGACAUCGCAGAUUCAGAAUUCUGCAUUGGCUACCUGACGGAGAAGUUGGGAACUGAUAUGAGCAAGAACCUCACACCGGAGGAGAAGGCCAUUGCACAUGCAUUCCAGAAGAUGACUGAGGAAAACCUCUACUGGUAGGCAUAUAGUAUUUAUGCAGACCUGUGGUGAUUACUGACCUUGAUAAUAUUAUCUCUUUACAACCCAGUGUUUUCGGUCGUGGUCUACGGUCGGAUCUCAUAUGAAGGUAGCUUCGUAUCGCGAUCUUUCAUAUAUUAAUGGCUCUGUAUAUGACGUUACGUAUUCUUGGAGAAUUUCGUGUAGAUUUAUGAUGAAAGGUCUGUGAUAUGAUAGGGGCAACUAUUACAUAUAUGUGGGAAUUCUUGUCUCGGUGUAAUUUUCUUUCGAUAUCCAGUUGCUGGGCUUGCUGUUUUGUUUCUGCUGUGAUGUGUGUUAGUGUGCUGAUUAUCUAACCCCCAAAAAUGAGCCACACUGUUUGGCAGGCACAUGAUUCACCAAUAUACAAUGCAAGUGUAUCCCCCUAUGUUUGCUUGCUUGAUAUUUACAGUUAGUUGUGGCUGGUUAGUUCGGGCAGUGAUAUCACGUAUGCCAUAUAAUAGCUGAUAAUUUCAUUUUGUAAAUACACACAUCACGUAUGCCAUAGCUGAUAAUUUGUAAAUACACACAGUCACCGUAAAUUGUGAGGGUUUAGAAAUGGAUGAACUAUAAUACUAAAUAGUAUAAUUUCUAUGCUUGUACAGUAGGCCUACUACUUUCCUAUUUAGCUGUUCUGUGAGUGGUGUAGCAUUCAGUUUCGUUCUGACAAUAGUGCCUCGAUCAUAGUAACAUUAAUUCAGAUAUGUAGUACAGCUACAUUCACAUCAGGGAGGGGGU